UUUUUUCUUCAAUUGACACACAUGACAGCAGACAGCAGUGUGCUCCGGCUGGUAUUCUCUCUUCUUUUUUUUUACUCAGUUUAAAAAAGAUGGUCUCGAAACAAGACACCGGAAUGGGCCUACCGUCACUGUACAAUAUGUGGUACCACCGUGUGUUUCCAGGGGGACAGAAUAGCAGACGGACGUGUAAACAUUGCAAGCGUGCGGGACACUGCCAAGCAGUGAGGUAACCCUGCUCAACGUGUAACUUCUAACCAUGGGUCCAGGAAAUGUACCAGGAGUUCAGUUUAGCGAACCCACUGAAACAACACUUGAGACACUCUGCUUGCUGCGGUUUUCCACCUGGUUUUAACGGUGCAUGUGCUUACUUAAACCUCGUUGUCUCCUCGGACCGGCGUUUAGUGAAGAUAUGAAAUUACUCUUCCUUGCUUGUCUCAGCCCCAAAACUGGGAACCACACAACAGCUGAGAGAAUAAGGUCCCACAUUGAAUCAGCAGGACACACCUGUGAGCUCAGAGAUGCAGCUGCGUUUCAAUCUUCUGCUGAGGUGGCCAAUCUAAUAUCUGGGCAUCCUCCUUUUGAAGGUGCCCUGGCCAUCCAUCUGUUCAGAGCAGGCAGUCUUCUCUUAGACAUCCAAGUACCCUUUGGUGUUAUCUUUGGCGGAACAGACAUAAAUGAAGAUGUGAAAGUUGAGCAGAAACGUGUGGUUAUGGAGCGGGUGCUACUGAAAGCCAGGUUUGCAGUUGCAUUUACAGACAAACUGAAAGAAGAGGCAAAGUUAUUUUUGCUGUCCCAGAGCUGUAAAAUCUAUGUCCAACCUCAAGGCAUCCAGACGGAAGUCAGUGAGAAAUUCUGCUGGACUGAAUUCUUGAGGAGCUCAGGUUUAGGCGUCGAGCUCAUGGACGAGCUGCGCGUCUUCCUGUUGGUCUGUGGCCUCAGGAGAGUCAAGGACCCCCUCUAUCUGGUGGACGUUUUUUCAGAGUGGCAUCGUGAGAACCCGCUUAAUGUGUUGGUUGUGAUUGGGCCACGCAUUGACCCUGUGUUUAGUGUUGAAGUUGAAGCUGUUGUUAAAAAAACAGCGGGGGUCUUCUUGGCCGGGGCACGGAGCCAACGGGAGCUUCAUGCCGCCAUGAAGAGGUGCUUCGCCGUGGUCAACAGCUCUGUCUCAGAGGGCAUGUCAGCGGCCAUUUUGGAGGCCAUGGAUCUCGGGGUGCCUGUGUUGGCCAGAGACAUCCCAGGAAAUGCAGCCGUGGUGCGCCAUGAGUCCACUGGCCUGCUCUACUCGUCUCCUCAGGAAUUUCUACAUCAAUCUCAGAGGCUGUUGUCAGAUCGCGAGCUGAGCGAGAGGCUGGUGAGGAAUGGAAAACUCUACGUCGAGGAGCAUCACAGCCUGGGACAAGAGCGGGAAACCUACCAGCGGCUGGUGGACACUCUUCUCUUAGCGUACGGUCACAGCGUUUAACACACACUCAGACUUUCACUGGAACUGCUGCGCCAGAGAGCAGGCCGCUACACCCGUUUAUUUAUUUUACUUUUUAAGAAAUCAGGCUGCAAAGACUUUGUACAAAAUAUUUGUAUUUGAUUUCAAUAAUGCUGCAGAGCUCUUUAAACCAAAGACCCAGGGUGGAUAUGUUUCUCUGGUAAUAUAUUUGAUGUAUUUGAAAGUACGGUUAUUUAUGGUUUGAAUAUAAAAUGACAUUAGUUCUCUGGUUGUUUUUCACAUUUAAAAUGGACAAAACAUGCCAGAAACGCUGCUCCAUAGACAUUUAAAACAGUUUUCUGAUCUGAAAAUGUAUUUUAAUUCUGAUUAUUAUCCUUAACAACGUUCUGAAAGUGCUGUUAGACUUGACUUUUCUUGACUUGUCUCCUCUUGUUAAAAGCAUUCCAGUCUGUGCUACCAAAUUAUUUUUUUACUCAUUAAAGGGCCGUGCAAAAAGCAUUUGGUUUAAAUGCCAGAGGCCCACAAAGGCUUCUUGUAAAUUGCAGUUACAAAGGUUGAUUUUGGCAACAGACUGGUGCACGGGUUGCUUCAGGGAAAUUGCAAAUUCUCUCAGUGCUUUUCAGUAUUUAUACAUCAAUAGGUUACAUGCAUAUUCCUAUCAGAGAUCGUAUGCCUCUCUUUAAGUACUUAAAAAAAAAAGUGAAAAGAAAAAAUUCAAGACAAUAGUGUUUUUAAUGAAAAAUGAAUGAAAAGAAAAUCAAACUUACAACAAAAGGGAUCCAUUUCAGUCAGAAGAAUGUUGGAUUAAAGCCACAUUCUCGGUGAAAUAUAUAACGUGUAAUUAAAUAAAACUUUUUUUGGGUA